UCCAUUUCCCCUUUGGCGUUUACAAACUCUGAACCCAAAACCCCUCCCUAAACCCAGACGGACAAAAUAACACAGUACAAAAACAAUCCAAUCCAAUCCUCUCUGAGCUCUCUCCCUCUCUACCCAAAACAUGAUUAUCAGUAGUAGUUGCGUGCGUGCAUUUUGCCCGCGCCUCCCGUCGUCGUCGAAGAAGCGUGCCCUCCGGACGGCUGCGCUGGUGACUUUCACUAUCCGCCGGCGACGUUUGAGCACCGCGUGCUCAGUUUCAGCCAUCAAGAGUAAAGAGAAGGAGAAGGUGAUAGUCUUAUCUGGGCCCACUGGAGCAGGGAAGAGCCGCCUGGCUUUGGAGCUCGCUAAGCGGCUCAAUGGCGAGAUUAUCAGCGCCGACUCUGUUCAGGUAUAUCGGGGACUUGAUAUUGGAUCUGCCAAGCCUUCCCCAGGUGAUAGACAGGAGGUGCCGCAUCAUCUUGUUGAUAUUUUGCACCCAUCUGAAGACUAUUCCGUCGGAAAAUUUUAUGAGGAUGCAAGGCAAGCUACAAGAUCUAUUCUUGACAGUGGCCGUGUUCCCAUAGUUACUGGUGGCACUGGAUUGUACUUGCGCUGGCUCAUAUACGGAAAACCAGAUGUUCCCAAAGCGUCUCCAGAUAUUGCAUCUGAAGUGUAUUCUGAGUUAGCGGAUCUGCAGAAUAAUGAAGACUGGGAAGCAGCUGUGCAGUUAGUGGUCAAAGCAGGUGACCCAAAGGCUCAAUUUUUGCCUGCCAAUGACUGGUAUCGAUUAAGACGCAGCCUUGAGAUCAUUAAGUCUAGUGGAUCACCUCCAUCGGCAUUUCAAGUACCCUACGAUUCUUUCCGGAAACAAUGUGAUUCUAGUAUAGUUGACAGACAUGACAUCAAUCCUUCUACUGAUGUUGUGGAAGAAGUAAAAUCAAAGGAAUUGGACUAUGAUUUCAUUUGCUUUUUCCUCUCAAGCAAAAGAGUUGAUCUUUAUAGAUCAAUUGACUGCCGAUGUGAAGAUAUGCUGUCAGGAAGUGAUGGUAUCUUGUCUGAGGCUAGAUGGCUUCUUGAUAGCGGUCUUCUUCCAAAUUCAAAUUCAGCAACCAGAGCAAUUGGUUACAGACAAGCAAUGGAGUAUAUAUUGAUGUGUAGGCAGCAAGGAGGUAGCUCUCCAAGAGAGUUCUUCAAUCUUUUAUCUGAAUUUCAAAAAGCUUCUAGAAAUUUUGCAAAACGGCAAUUGACGUGGUUUCGUAACGAGAGUAUCUAUCACUGGCUUGAUGCUUCCAAACCCUUGGAAACGGUGCUCAACUUCAUUUAUGAUGCAUACCAUGACAAAAGUGAAAAUUUGGUUGUGCCUGAAUCACUUAGAAUGAAGAAAGAGUUAUCAAGCCGUGGAGAAGAAUCCGAACUAAAGGGCUAUCGAACUCAAAAUAGGCAUUUUGUCAGACGUGAAGAUUGCUCGGACAUCCUAGACUGGAUAAGGAGAACACAAGGCUUAAACAGUGAAUCAUAACCUGAUCAUUCACUUCAUUGAGUCUUGAUUUUUGCCAAAGCAAUCAAUGCAAUACGAUCAUCCCCUAUUCCGACUGGGCGGGCCUCUGUUUGUCUGUACAGGAUCAGAAAAUCUCAUGACACAAGUUUAGAGUUUGUUCCUCUGCAAAGGUUAGUGUUUGAGCUCUUGCUUAAAACAGUUGUUUGUGUCAAGAACCCGUCACUGAUGUAUCUCUGCAGCAAGUCGAGGGCUUCACGGGCAACCAUUUUUUGAGCCUUCAUUCAUCUUCAACUUAUGGAUUUCUAAAACAGCAUGAAAGAUAUCUGAGUUUUCUGAUUGUAAUUUUUGUCCACCGACUUGAUAAGUUUUGUAAUCUGAUUUUCUGAACAAAUCCACAAGAUUGUCACUCCAAUGUUCAAUGUAGCUGUUAUCAAUUAUAAUCUUCA